AUGCCGCAUCUCGCCCACGUCUCCGUCGUCGUCCGCGACUACGACGAGGCGCUCGCCUUCUACGUCGACAAGCUCGGCUUCACCCUCGUCGAGGACCGGCCCGUGCCCGAGCAGGGCAAGCGGUGGGUGACCGUCGCGCCGCCCGGGGCCGGUCCCGGCGCGACCACGAUCCUGCUCGCGCGCGCCUCCUCGCCGGACCAGCUCGCGGCCGUCGGGCGGCAGACGGGCGACGACCGCGUGUUCCUGUUCCUGGCGACGGACGACUUCCGGCGUGACCACGCGCGCCUCACAGCCGCGGGGGUGGAGUGGGCGCGGCCGGUCGCGGUGCACGACUACGGCACGGUGGCCGUGUUCAAGGACCUGUACGGCAACCUGUGGGAUCUAAUCGAGUAUGCCCGGGCCUAG